CCCAUUUUCAAGCAUGACUUGAGUGCGAGAAGCCACCUUCCUCCCUGGUGCUCUGUCCUCUGCGCCUGUGAGAUCUGUCUGGCUCCACAACCCAGAAAGCCGCCAGAGCGGUGCACUGAGGCUCCUUCUAGGGUCUGAUGGUGCUGCCCCUGGUGCUCCCCGUCCACUUGGCUGACAAAAUGCCUUAGGACAUUACCCAGUUCCUGAGGUUUCUGGCCAGAGGUGGCAGACUUAGCACGAGUUUGGAAAGCAGAGGGUGCCAGAAAAAGCCGGCCACAAGGUAGUGUUAAAGGACCUACAUGGAGGACACUGGGAGCCAGAGUUGCAGAGGACACCCAAGUUCCAGAGGAGCGUCCCUUGCUCAAGAAGGCUGGGCUGCGCCCCCCCUCAAGUGCAGAAGUAUCUGGAAGUGCUUCUGCCUCGACAGUUCUCCCGUGGGUGUCCCUACCCCCCCGCCACCUCUGAGCUCUUAAAGGCUCUGGCCGCGUUCCUCAGUGCUUCCACAACCUUCCAGGAUCGCCGGCCAGGCGGAUCGCCAGCAGCUAGAGCUGAGAAGCAGCAAGCGUUCCGCGCAAGCCCUCUAAGCUCUGCGAGGGCCCCUCCCCUGGCCCCUUCGACCCGCCCCUUCCGCCCAGGGGCGGGGCUAGGCGCGGCUUCUCCCGGAAAUCCGGAACCUGGAAGAAAACCGAGCUCUGCCGGGUGCUGCUCCUGCUCCUCUCUUCCACAGCGGGCAGUUGUGUGCUUGUCUCCUGCGCCCGUCCUUAGAUUUUUCCACUCCUAACUCUUACCGAGUCCUGAAUCCCCAUCCCAUUUCCCACACCCCAAUUUCAGCUGCAAAUUACCGCAGAGCCUGAAGCCAGGAGAGGAGCCCGUUUCCCGCCCCGGUCCUCCCCUCCCCGGGCCGGUGGAGCCCCGGGUAAGAUUCUCGCCCCGCUUUCCGGCCUCACCUUCCACACUCCUGCCGUUCCCUCGGGGGCCCUCCGCCGCCCGACCAUGGCCCAGAAGCCUAAGGUAGACCCUCACGUCGGCCGGCUAGGAUAUCUUCAGGCGCUGGUCACGGAAUUCCAGGAGACAGAGAGCCAAGACGCCAAGGAGCAAGUACUGGCCAACCUCGCUAACUUCGCCUAUGACCCCAGUAAUUACCAGUAUCUGCGGCAGCUGCAGGUCCUGGAUUUAUUCCUUGAUUCACUGUCGGAAGAGAAUGAAACCCUGGUGGAGUUUGCUAUUGGAGGCCUCUGCAACCUGUGCUCGGACAGGGCCAACAAGGAGCACAUUCUGCAGACAGGGGGCGUCCCACUCAUCAUCAACUGCCUGUCCAGUCCCAACGAGGAGACUGUGCUGUCCGCCGUCACCACGAUCAUGUACCUGCUGAGCUCACCAGGCUUGGGCCCCCAGCCGGAGCUGACCGCCGUGCCCGUGGUGCAGUGCAUGCUGCGCUUCUCCAUCUCAGCCAGCACCAGGCUGCGGAACCUGGCCCAGAUCUUCCUGGAAGACUUCUGCUCCCCGAGCCAGGUGGCUGAAGCCCGCAGCUGGCAGGCUCACUCUGCCCUGGGGAUCCCACUGCCGAGGACGGAGGCCCCACAGCAGCCCUGAUGCAAGGGGAGGUCAGGCCACAGCACCCACCGUGCUGGAGACAGGGCGGUGCCCCGGGGGCCAGGGAGCAGGAGCAGCAGAGCUCCCUUGAGCACCUUCUCCCCGCCUGGCACUUUUCAGCUAAAGGUGAGCGUAUUUAUUUAUACUCUGAUGAAAGGCAUCAGGAGAUGAGUGAGGAAGCCAGACAGACCCCGAGACACAUGAAGAAGGAACUUGAAGGCGCCAUUUUCACCGGCUGCCACUCUGACCAGCUGGAGGCGAAGGUCCUGCCUCCUGGCCACCCCACUGCCAGCUCUCACCUUGUGUCCCUAGAUCCAGAGGCUCUGCAGAAGGCGUCUCUCCUGAGGAGCAGCUGGGCCUGGGGCUUAGCACUUCCCAGCGUAAGGAACCAGGCAUUUUUCCAUAAUGGAAGCUUUAUUGUCCAAAGUAUUUCAGGGCCCUGGGAAGCUGGGGAGGGGUUGCGCCCAGUGCUGGAGGCCAGGUACCUGCCCCACAAGCUUGCCAGGCUGGGCACAUGGAUGCUGACCUGGAGCUCUAAGGCCCAGAGUUAACUGUUUAUCCACACAGGCCUGUCAGCCAGCCACCAUGCUGGGGGCUUCGAAGACUGAGACAUGGUCCCUGCUCUUGGGUGCUGCAGCCGCCUGACUGCAAACCUGGCCAUUGGGCAUGAAGACGGAGGCCCUGAGGCCGGUGGCACAUCAGAAUACAGGCACAAACUCCCAGAGCUGUGUCCUCUCCCUUCCCCACCCCAAGGCCCCUGCCUGGAAGCCCUUGCCCGCCUCUGCCGUCAGGGUUAGCGAGGGCGAGUCCCCGCCCCUGGCUUCAGGGAUGCUCCGUGCUCCAGGGGACGGGGCUGGAUUCUGACAAAAGCAUGAGGCUGAGGCCAGUGCAUGCGGCUCAGCCCAGGGAAGAGGCACAGGCCCUCAUGGAAAGUGGGCUUCGGGACCAGUGGAAGGUCCUGGCCCCCCCUUCAGCACGCCUUCAAGGUUGACCUUGUACAUGGCCAAGGAAAGGCGGGUUCGAGAGGAAUGGGACUAAGGGACUAAGGAGGCGAGGAGGGAGGCGAGGGCCACCCCCUCAGCCUGUUCCAGCCCCCGUAGGGCUCCUGCCCCUUCGCUUCCCAAAUAAAAGGCCUUAAGAGCAGUGAGUAGUGCUUUAUUUAAAAGGUUCCUGAUUUCCCACUAGGUGGCCAUGCAGCUACCCCGGGAGGUUCCAGGGGGCAGUGCUGAGGGGUCCCUGCCACCAUGCUGCCCUGGCACCCAGUUGUGCCGGGGUUCCCUGCUGGCCUGCCUCCCCUUCCUCCAGAUCCUGUCCACUGCCACUGCCCCUUGGCUCAUGCAUGCGGCAGACCCAGGCCGGGCGGGCCCCGCCGCAGGGCUUCCCGCUUGCUUUCUAUAAUCUCCUUCCAGUUGUCACUCCAGGAGAGUAGCCGCCUCCUGGCCGGGGGCAGGGCCAGGUGCUGGUUGUGGCAGCAGGUGAACAAGAUGUGCUCCCAGCUUGGGGUCUCCUCUUGGCCUGUGACAGGACGCAGAGGAAGGCAGGGGACGCAGUGGGUGACGUGGUGAUCUCUACCCCCUCCCUCGUAUCCCAGCAGGCCCAGUGCCCGGAGGGUGCCAGGGAAAAUGGCUCCUACCUUGAAUGGUGUCCUUGUCAUCAAUGAGCAGGUCCCCCAAGACCAUGGUCUUGUCCCUCGUCAAGAUAAUGCGCUCCACAAACUGGGGCCCCAGGUGCUUCUCCACCCAGCCGUACUGUGUGGUGGGCACAAGUCUGUCAGGGGGGCCGGACGGACCCCGGAAUUCAAGGCCAGCGAGCAAGUAGGUGGGAGGGUCUGCCGCCCUUGAAGCUAUCGUUCCUCUCCCCCCACCCCCACCCCCGACUUUGUGUGUUUCUGCUGGUUUCUUUCAAAGACCGGGGCCUUAGGAUCCUGGGUGUGCCGCCAGUGCCGCACCUUCUCGCGCACGCAGUGGUCAUACUUGAGCAGCGGGCUGGUGCAGAUGAAGACCUCAGUGCUGCGGGAAGGGGCGCGGGUCAGACAGGGUGGUGCCAGCCCCUGCUCCCCCCCACCUCCCUCCCGACCCUUCCUCACUCCUGCAUGUCAUUCAUCUCCCGCAUGGCUUCCAAGGCUCCAGGGAUGGGCUCCAAGUUUAGGAAGAAGCCUGGGGCUUCAUACACACUGGCCACUUUGUCCUGAAAGAUACAGUGUUCCUGUCCUGGCUCUGCUCCCAGCCGAUCUCGCCAGCCCCAGCGAGGACUCUCAAGAUUCCUGGGGGAAGGGGGGCGCCUCGAUCCCCGCAUCAGAGCCUCAGGUCGGGGCGCAGGGCUCGGUACUGCUCCCGGGCGAAGAAGCCGCGGCGCUCCUCCAGCGGCACGUACGGCUCCCUGGGGAAGUUUCGCUGGAAGCCCCGCAGCAGGCCGGCCUCGAAGUCCGCCAGCACGCCGUCCAUGUCCACCAGCACCCGCACGGGCCGCGCGUACCUUGCCGCCAUCACCGCGAGGCACGGGCCGGAAGCGUGGACGCGCGCGGAAACCCGGGCAGGAGCCGAGUUGAGCUCCGCGCCGGGACUUCGGCUUCCGGGAGGGGGGCGGGGCGGGGCGGGGCUAAUUUGCAUGGACGCCGGGGUUGCCCCGCCCCCCGGAAGCCCCAGGCCUCCCCCAGUUCCCCAGCACCCGGCGUGGAGGUGGCCUGAGCUGCUCUUCUGGUCUGAGGACGCACCUACGUGCAUCCCAGCCACCCAGCGCUCGGUCGCAGACGUCCUCGCUCACCUCAGACGUUUCUUGGGGCAGACCUUCCAGGGGCCCGGCAGAAGGUCUCUCCUAAAUACUGAUCAACGGCUUCUGAGACGGAGCCAAGGCUUCUUAAACCCGUGAGCUGACGCCCCCUUUUAAGAAUCCAUCCCUGUCCUCCCUGCUUGUGGGGACUCUGGAGCAGAGCUCCCGCCACGUCAAGGCAGCACCAACCCAAGGCUCAAAUCAUGGGGACUCCCAGUGAUCGAAGUGAAUGAAUCUGCUGAAGACAGCAGGCUCUUGUGAACAGAGCUCCUCAGACACCAAUUCAUAAACCAGAGCUGGCUUGAAACAUGGGAGCAUCUGCUUUAAGCAUCCGGUUCACCUGGAGGAGGAGACUCAGUAUUUGUCUUGUGGCUGCAUCUGUGGAGCCUGGAAGUUCCUGAGAAGAACCCUCACCACAGUAGCAACCCGAGCUGCUGCAGUGACAGUGCUGGAUCUUUAACCUGCUGCAGCGCAGGGAAUUCCAUCUUUUCCAUUAUGGUUUAGCACCAGAUACUGAAUAUAGUUCCCUGUGCUAUACGCAACAGUCCAGGAUCGGAAAUACAACACACAUUGUAAGGAUGAGACUUUCGACUCGUGGUCAAGCACCAGCAUCAUGCACACAGCUUCAAGGUUAUCUAAGAAGAGCACUGCCCGCGGCGGUCCUUUUGCUGAGAGGACCCACCUCCUUCCGCGUGGUCCUGCCCUUGCUUCACCGCCCGGAACGCGCAGCAAGGCAUGAGAGGCAGGCCGCUAUCGCUCCAUAUGGCACAGGAAGAGGCUUUGCGCAAAGGGCGCUGGCACAGAGGGCAACCCCAGGUAGGGUGGGCAUCAGGACCACCUCGUUUGGGGGCCUGAAGGGACAGCGCUUGGGGACUGUUUACUGGUCUGUCCAAUCCAGGCUUGGUCAACCCAAGUAAAGCUGACAAGAAAAGGGUUUUUAAAACCUCAGUACAAAAGAUCCUCUAACACAUUUGAAACCCAAUUGUUUGUUCUUAAAAACACGGUACUAAGUGUCACAAAGCUUUCCCUCCAGUCUACUACUAGAAAACACUCAUGCCAUGGCCUAUGGACCCAGAGGAAUCAGGACAGACAGAGAACCUGUUCUUCCAAAAAACAAACAAAAAAAAAGACAGCAGUACAUAAAGUGCUUCUUUUUUAAUGAAACAAAUCCAAAAGAUGUACAGUCAGGCUCAAGUUGUGCAGUUCACAAGCAUGGAGAAAACAAAGAAACAAAACGACAGCGUUCUGGGCAGACGGAGCUAACCCAGGACGAGGCUGGACUUGCCGCCAGGGGGGUUUCUCCGGGACGGCACGGGGGCCGGUGCCACCGGGCUGGGCACAGGGGCGGCGGGCACGGGCUUUUCCUCGCUCUGCCCCAGGCUGGCCUGCAAGUCCAUGUCCACGUUUUCUAGGGAAACAGAAUGAAAUCAAGGCUAAUAACUGUUCCCAGGGAAGAUGAAAAGUCUAAGAUGGGUUUUGGGGGGGUUUUUUUUGGCUGUGCCCGUGCCAGGCAGAAGAUCCCGGGCCAGGGAUGGAACCUGCGCUACAGCAGUGACAAGACCCAGGCCUGACCCACUAGGCCACCAGAGAACUCCCUGUUUCUGUUUUGUUUUUGUUUUGAGGAGAGUUCAUACCAUACCUAGAGCUACAAAGAAGAAACCAACAAUCACCAACCAUGUGGCCACUAUCCAGAAUUCACCACUGUUAAUGUUUUGCCAUAUUUGCCCCAGGUCUUUUGCUGUGUAUAUUCUUUUCUAAAUGACAUAAAUAUGUGAAGACAUAAAUAUGUUAAAUGCGAACGUUACAGGUAAGCGCCAGGCUCCUGACCAACCCACCUCUGUGUGGGUCUCCAAUUCCCAGAGGCGCUGCCACCAGCUGGGUGCGUUCCUCUAGUCCGUUUGUUUCAUAAUUUGUGUAUUUUAUUCCCAGCAAGUAACAGAGACUACUGUUUCUGUUGUAUUUAACAUAAAGGAUAUCAACUUUGUUUUAAGCCGUGCCCACAGCAUGCAGAAGUUCCGGCCCAGGAACUGAACCUGCACCACAGCAGUGACAAUGCCGGAUCCUUAACCCCUGCGCCACCAGGGUACUCCUCAAAAAAAAUUUUUUUUAAACCUUUGGAAACUUACCUCUAUUUAAGCACACAUGGUUAUAAUUCACCUUGCUUUAUGAAUUGCCUUACAGUAUAUAGAGAGUAUAUAUGAUUAAUUCUCUACUGACUACAAAAAAUUAGAACCAACCCAGCCAUUCCAGAACCGUAACAGAUACUCUGGAACAUGUGCCCAUGUGGACAGGAGCUGUCUUGUUCAAUUUGAACAGAUAUCACACACCACCUUCCCCAGUGGCUGUGCCAAGUCCUGCCCUGCUGCCCGGGUCACCGUAUGUUCGCCUCGCAGCUUGCCCUUUCCCCCACUGAUCGCCACGGCACCUUAAUAUUUGCCAAGCUGACAGAAGAAAAGUAUUUCAUUCCUGUUUUAUGUUACACUUCCAUGAUUACGGGGUGAGGUUGAUUUGUUUGUUAAACUGUACAGAUAAGCAGUUCUACGUUUGUUUAUUUGUCUGUUUGUUUACUUAUUGUCUUUUUAGGGCCACACCCACGGCAUAUGGAGGUGCCCAGGCUAGGGGUCCAAUCGGAGCUGUACCCGUCAGCCUACACCACAGCCACAGCCACUCCAGAUCCAAGCUGCAUCUGCGACCUACACCAUAGCUCAUGGCAACGCCUUAUGGACACUACUCUGGUUGGUUAACCACCGAGCCACGAUGGGAACUCUCUACACAGGCAUUUAUUGAGGAAUCUACCUUUCCCUACUGAUUUGUAAUGACAGCUUAAUCCUCUCACUUCCGUUGUAUUAACUUGGCACUUUCCACAUUAAAACCUUAAUUAGUAUAUUAUUAUCUUAUCCAA